AUGAUUUUAGUUUCAAUGCUGUCGAAUACAAAUAAUGAAAGUGCUAAUGAUGGUAGCGAUACUAAUCAUGAACAAUUAGUCGGUCUCUUUGAAAGAGUUAACAUAUCUGAUGCCACUGUUGGCAGCUUCGGUGGGCAAGAUAAUGCUUUUACUUCUACAACUGAUUCCUCAAGCACCAUUUACGCAAUAGAAUCUGAUUCUGCAGACACAACUCUUAGAUCUCAAGUGCAUGUUCAAAACAAUUCCUUGUCUUAUCAGAAGCCUGCUUGUGAAUACGGUUUAAAAUGUUUCAAUACAAAUUGUCCUCUAGAUCAUCCAUCAGAGUGGCAGGUAUGUCGCAAUGGUUCGAAUUGUAAAGAUUUUUAUUGCAAAGCAACUCAUCCAUAUGAUCGGCAGAAACCUUGCUUACGUGGACAUAAUUGUAAGAGGUUCAAAUGUAGAUUUAUGCAUCCGUCGUCUACAUUUGGCGAAUGUCUCGCAGGUACUAAAUGUAGAAUUUGGCAAUGUCAAGCACGACAUCCAGAUACAAGACCGAAAGAUUGUUCAUUUGGCGAAUCGUGUUUUAACAAUGCUUGUCCACGUCCCCAUCCACCCACUCGACAAGUAUGUUCAAAUGGCAUUGAGUGCGCUGAAUUCUAUUGUCGACUGAAACAUCCUCCUGGCCGAGUGGCAUACUGUGAGCAAAGCAUUUUAUGUAGUAAUUUUUACUGUGCUGAUUUACAUCCUCCAGAAUGGGAUCCAUGUGAAGCAGGUAGCAAUUGCGUUGAUAUUAUGUGUUCUCACAUGUCGCAUCCUGCGAAUCGAAUUCUACAGCAGCAGCAGCUGCAGCAAGAAAACAGCAGUGGAGAAAUGCAGUCAUCAAGUUCUAAACCACUGAAAUCAAUAGAACAACGGCAAAUCGAAAGAGAGAAAGCACGGCUACCUAUUCUUGCCGCAAAAGAAGAAUUUUGUCAAAGAUUAGAGAAAGAACGAGUACUUGUGGUUAGAGCGGAGACUGGUAGUGGUAAAAGUACACAGCUUCCACAAUAUGCUGCUGAAUAUUUCGGUGGACUAGUCGUUUGUACUCAGCCACGCGUGAUCGCAGCAAUGUCUCUUGCACGUCGCGUAGCCAAAGAAUACGAUGGAUUAUCUGUGGGUCAAUCAGUCGGCUACCGAGUUGGUCAUGUAAGUGUUGGCAAAGACAAAUAUCGAGUUCCUGGAAGAGACAUUCUCUUUGUGACUGACGCGGCACUUAUUCAAGAAAAUCAAGAGAGCGGUUUGUUACGCGAUACUCGAGUAUUAAUCAUCGACGAGGCACAUGAACGCUCAUUAUAUACAGAUAUUGUUAUCGGUAUGGCGAAACUACUAUUAGCUACAAGACCAAUAGAUUUCUAUGUUGUUAUAUCUUCAGCGACCGUUGAUCCUAGCAAGUUCCUUGACUUUUUCAAACUAGCUGACUCUUCGAUACUUCACGUACCAGGUCGUUUACAUGAUGUUUCUAUCGUUUACAAUCCUAAAUUGAAGGGUUCUAUUGAGGAGCAUGCCAUCUCUACGUUGCUCACAUUAUACGCACGUUGUCAAGGACAUACACUUGUAUUUCUUCCUGGAUCGCGAGAAAUUCAACGAGCUAUUGAAAUUUUUAAUAGUAAGAUACCAGCAGAUUGUGUUGCCUUGCCUUUGUAUGCUGCCCUCUCAGCAGAAGAACAAAAUCGAGUUCUGCAAUUUGAUGAAGAUGCAAACAAUGAAAUACGAAUGGUUGUUUUCUGCACAAAUAUUGCAGAAACAUCAGUGACAAUAAAUAAUGUUCGUCUAGUCAUUGAUUGCGGACUGGUGAAAGAAGCUCGCUUUGAUAACGAACGUCGUUUGACAAUUAUUGAAACAAUGAAAAUUUCCCGAUCAUCCGCUGAUCAACGAACAGGUCGUGCGGGUCGCACAGCUCCAGGCCGUUGCGUUCGACUCUACAGACUCGAUGAUUUGAUCCGUCAAGACAUUGAACCUGCAAUUCUUCGGUCUUCACUUGAUCUUGUUACUCUUCAAAUCAUAUGUUUGCAAAUUAAUCCAAGAAAAUUUCCAUUCAUCGAUCCUCCUGAUGCAACCAUUCUUGAAGCAUCAUUCGACCUUUUGGAACAACUCUCUUGUAUUGACACAGAUCAUACCAUCACUCGACGAGGUCAACUUUUCAGCGAACUUAGUUUCGAUCCUCGUUACAGUGCAUUCUUAGUUGAUACUUACCUCGAACAUGGUCCAAUUCUCGAUUUAAUAGCAACUGUUGUUGCUAUUUUAGUAACACCUGGUUUUAGAUCCGACAUGGUUGGUGCAUUACCAGAAGAGAAAGAUGCCGCUCGAAAUCGUAUUAUCGAUGGUGCUAAGGACAAUGAGAGCGAUUUACUGUGCCUUGUUUCAAUAUUUAGAGAUUGGUGCAGCGCAGGGCAAAUUGAUUCGGUUACACGCCAAUGCCAAAUAUGUCAUGUGCCAUCUGCAAAGAAGUCUUCGUGUGCUUGCUGUCGGGCAGCAUAUAGUCUUUCUCGCCUACUCAACAAUCGAAGUCUUUGCGCUAUCGAGAAUAUUUACGAGGCUACAAUCAAAGCGUUAACAAGUCCACGUUGGGAUCUUAGCCCGGGCUCAUUAGUCGACCGUGAGGAUAGUGAUAUCCUUGGUGUCAAUCUUUGUAAGCAUUUUCCUGAAAGAUACGGCCAUAUACUGGUAAAACGUGCUCGUUUUGAAGAUGCUGUAAUGGUUAAAAAUAAUUUUUUGGUGGCACUGAGCGAAAAUAGCGUACUCUUUCACAGAAAAAUUGUUAAUCCUCAUUUUAUUGCAAUGUCUAUUGUGAAAUUAUCUUCUGGUAAACAUUUAAUUGAUCAAUUGCAUCCCUGUCAGCCACCAACUAAAAGUGGCGAUGGACGCAUCAAGACGAUUGGAUCUAUGAAUGCAUAG